CCAGAUUGGAGAAGGAUCGACCGGCAUCCUGAAAGGUACGUUUGAUACCACUGCCCGUGCGCUGUUUGGAGCGUAAGGUACACAAGGACCCCCAAAGAGGUGACCACGUGCGCGUUGAUAUCCCCUACGGAGCUCUGUAACAGUCCCAAAUAGGCGAAUGGAGAUACCUCCAGUGGAGCGAUUUCAAUUUCCUGACGAAUCGACGUCUGACCUAGGCGCAAACUGGGAAAAAUGGAAGCGUAGUUUUCAGUACUACCUUGACGGACGAGGCAUCAACCAGGACGCUCGGAAGAGAGCACUCCUGCUGCAUUCCGCUGGACCGCGAGUCCAAACGAUCUUUGAGACUCUAGAUGACACGGGGAAUACCUAUGCAUCUGCCAUCCAGUCACUCGAUACCUAUUUCCAACCGCUAGUCAACAAAUACUAUGAACGUUACCGAUUUAGACAAAUACGGCAACAACAGGGAGAGGCGAUUGAUCGAUUUGUGAGUCGUCUCCGACAGCAGGCCGCCAAGUGCAGCUUUGCAGAUUCGGAUGAGAACAUUCUGGAUCAACUGAUAGAGAAGUGUGAUGGUUCAAGAGUCCGCUCAAAACUGCUUGAGGAAGGUAAUGACCUGACUCUGGAAAAGGCAAUAUCCCUAGCACGUACGCUAGAAUCAGUAGCCGCGCAAGAGAGAGACAUUUCGAGUCAACAAGAUGCAGGACCCUCCACUGAGAGAACCCUUCGAGUAGAAUCUACAUGGAAGGACAGGCAAGCCAAAAGUAAGGGCAAACCACAAGCGAAAAAGCCACAACACGCGAAGCAGUGCUCACGAUGUGGACUAGAAGGCCACGGCCCAACAGACGCAAAAUGUCCAGCAAAGAAAGUAGAAUGCAACAAGUGUCAUAAGCAAGGACAUUAUGCUCGUAUGUGCAAGACGAAGAGCAACGGCUCGAAGACUGGUAAAGUCCUCAUGACAGAAGAGAGUCAAUGUAAACAAGGGGAAUGCUUGAGUAAGUCUGAUUCAGAGUAUGUGUUCGCUGUAAAUCACGAACAUGCUACAGCUGUUAUUCGAAUUGGUGGAGUUGAUACACAAGUUGUCAUAGACAGUGGAGCCUGUAGUAAUAUUAUGUCACAACAAGAGUUCACACGGUUGAAACACAAAGGGAUGAAAUACAAAUCAUGCAAAGUGAAGAAAACCCUCUACACGUAUGGUUCAACCAGACCCUUGUCUGUAGUUGGGGGAUUUGACACAGAAGUAGCGUCAGAAGGCAAACAAAUGACAACCCAAUUUAUUGUUGUACGCUGUUCAGGACCAACAUUGCUGGGACGUCAGACUGCACCAGAGCUGCAUCUCCUAACGUUAGGAUCUGUUCGAGACGACAACACGCUUGGUCGAAAAGAACUAAUAGAGGAGUACAGUGAUUGUUUCUCAGGAUUAGGGAAGUUGAAAGACUUCCAAUUGAAGAUACAUAUUGACGAGUCUGUGACCCCCGUAGCUCAGCAACCUAGACGGAUCCCAUUUGGCUUGAGAGACAAGGUUGAAGCAGAGUUAAAUCAUCUUCUGGAAGCAGACGUCAUCGAGGAAGUUCAAGGACCGACAUCUUGGAUCAGUCCCGUCGUGGUGAUACCCAAGAAGGGAGGCCAAGUUCGAAUUUGCGUAGAUAUGAGACGAGCCAAUGAAGCCGUCAUCCGGGAGAGACACCCAAUACCCACAGUCGAUGAAGUAGUGGAAGAGCUCAGGCACAGCAAACACUUCAGUCGACUAGAUCUUAAGAAGGGGUUUCAUCAGGUCGAACUGGAUGAAACAUCACGACCAAUAACUACCUUCGUCACCCACAAAGGAUUAUUUCGAUACAAGAGAUUGAUGUUCGGAGUAUCAUCCGCCCCAGAGGCAUACCAACGUAUCAUCCAGCAGACACUGUCAGGCUGUGAGGGAACCACAAAUAUCUCCGAUGAUAUCUUGGUCCAUGGAGUUAGCAAAGCCGAACAUGACCUGAGACUACGAGCUGUCCUAGAUCGGAUCAGGGACAGAGGAUUGACGCUCAAUGCCGAAAAGUGUGACUUUGAUAUGGAUAAACUCAAGUUUAUGGGACAUGUGAUAUCCAAAGAGGGUAUAUCACCGGCAGACGAUAAAGUAGCAUCUAUCAUGGCAACCCGAGACCCUAAGACAGCAACGGAAGUACGAUCUUUCCUCGGCAUAGUAAAUUUUUGUGCCAAGUUCAUACCAGACUUAGCAACAAUUGCAGACCCUCUUCGGAAGUGUGCGAGAGCCAACCAGUCUUUCGUGUGGACAAAGACUGAAGCAGAAGCAUUCGCAACUAUUAAGAAUAGAUUACGCGAUGCCACCGCUCUUGCUGUGUUUGAUAGAACAGCACACACCAGUGUCGUAGCUGAUGCAAGUCCUGUAGGACUAGGAGCUGUUCUCUGGCAGGAACAAGAUGGAAUGAAGAAGCCUAUCAGUUAUGCGAGUAGAAGUCUGACUGAUGUAGAGCGCAGAUACUCUCAAACAGAGAAGGAAGCGCUAGGCCUAGUCUGGGCAUGUGAAAGAUUUAAUCUGUAUCUGGCAGGUCGGAAAUUUGAUCUCAUUACAGAUCACAGACCACUUCAAACUAUUUAUGGACCUCGAAGCAAACCUUCGGCGAGGAUCGAACGUUGGGUUCUUAGACUCCAACCCUACGAUUUCAACGUGAUCUACACGCCAGGAAAGUACAAUAUUGCUGACCCCUUGUCACGAUUGUCAUUGCGUGAUCAAGGUGGAGAGAAUGACGAAUACAUCAAGUUUGUGGCAAGAGAAGCCGCACCUUCGUCGAUCUCACCGAGACAAAUUGAAGAAGCGUCCAAAGAAGACAGUGAGUUACAGUCACUACGAAGGAGUAUCCGAGAAGGAAACCAAGCAAAUGUACCGGCAAAUUACAAGCAUGUAUUUGGCGAAUUGACCAUUGUUGGUUAUAUCGUUCUUCGAAACUGUAGAAUAGUGAUUCCAACUAAACUUCGGAACCAAGUGUUACAAUUAGCACAUGAGGGGCACCAAGGGAUUACAAAGUGCAAAGAUCGACUACGAACCAAAGUAUGGUGGCCAGGCGUCGACCGCGAAAUGGAACGCAUGUGCAGAACAUGCCACGCCUGUCAAAUUACCCAAUUGCCAUCCCACCCACCUCCCAUGAAAAGGACACAGCUCCCAACAGGUCCAUGGAUAACGAUUGCUGCUGACAUACUUGGUCCCUUACCGACUGGUGAAUAUCUUUUAGUAGUAGUGGAUUACUACAGCCGAUAUUUCGAAGUAGAUCUGUUGAAGCGAAUUAGAGCUUCAGACAUUAUCUCCAGGCUAAAGACCACGUUCUCUAGAUAUGGUGCUCCGUACACCAUGAUAACGGACAACGGUUCACAGUUCACGGACCAUUCCUUCGAACGUUUUCUCAAAGACUAUGGAGUGGAGCACAGCACCAGCCCCCCAUUAUGGCCCAGAGCCAAUGGAGAAGUCGAAAGACAGAACCGCACUUUGCUGCACGCUAUGCAGACAGCACAAGUCGAAGGUAAAGAUUGGCGACAAGAACUUUACAUCUUCCUCAUGGCAUACCGCACCACACCACAUUCCACAACUGGAAUCAGCCCAGCUGACGCAUUCUUUCAAAGGAAAGUACGAUGCAAACUGCCAACUUUAGGGUUACAAGAUACCCCAGUUUUCGACGGACAGAUGCGAGAUGAAGAUUUGCGAAAGAAGGAGGAAGGGAAAAGACAUGGAGAUAUCGCAGUAAAAGCACAAACCGACGAUAUAAAAGUAGGAGACAAAGUACUGUUACGCCAGCAGAAGACCAAUAAAUUGACUACCACUUAUGAAUGGCAACCUUAUAACGUGAUCAGCAGAGCCGGAGCAGAAGUAGUUAUAUCCAACGGGAAUAAGACACUCCGACGACACAUCUCUCACACGAGACCAUACGAGGAAGGACAAACACCCUCUGUACAAGAGAAAGAGUCGACUAACGACCUUGACGAACAUUUCCCUACUCAACAGGCAAAACAGACAACUAAAGAAGGAAGACCAAGAAGAGAGAGACAGCCACCUGUCCGCCUGAAAGACUACAGCUUAUCGUAGGCUUGACUGACAGACAGUUACUUUGAGUUAGUAAUAGAGUAGUGAGAAAAAGGAGGGGUUGUAGUAUAUUAGAGUAUUGUAGUACUAUAUACGGGUACUAUAUACGGGUUAGUUAGAGUGUUGAGUUGUGUU